GUCCGGGGGCGAGGACGAGGGCCCCGCGGAGGGGCGCACCGCGCAGCAGCCCCCGCCCCCGCCCGCCCGGCUCCGCGCCCCCCGGCGCACCAGCCCCGCCUACUUGCAGGCGCAGCAGCUGGCAGGGCUGCCGGCGGAGGAGCUGGGCGGGCGGCUGCUGGCGGAGCUGAUGCAGCGGGACUACCGGGCCAGGAAGCCGCUGCUGGAGCGAGUUCGUCAGCUCCUGCGCAGCCGCUUCGACUCGGGGUUGCUGCCCGCGGGUGAGCUGCGGGAGCUGCUGGCGGCGGUGGCGGGGGCCAGCCGGCAGGCGGGACGGCAGAACCUGAGGGAGGCGGGGCGCAGGUCGGCGGAGGCGCGGAGGGCGAGG